AUCUUCAUCUCAUACUACGUACUCCGUUAUCAACUUAUCCCUUCUGUUGCUAGCUAGCUACGCAGCCAUGGGUGUCGGCAAUGGUAAUAAGGGUGGUGUAGCCGUGGUGUGGUGGUGUCUCCUCAUUCUUGCAGGGCUCUUAUUCCUGGCCGUGGCCGCGGCCUCCACGGAGGCGGAGGCGGAGUCCGGCGGGCGGGGGAUCGUCAACACGAAGGAGGACCGGCGGUGGUGCAAGAAGGACUGCGAGUGGAAGAAGCAGCAGUGCUUGCACAGCUGCAAGCAACAACAACAACAACAAAAGGCCGGCGGAGACGCCCCAACCCCCAAUGAAUUAGACAACCGUGAAUGCGAGCAUGAACACUGCGAGCGCUACCAGGAUCCGAAGGAGCGGGAACGGUGCUGGUAUCAGUGCUUCCCGCCUUACCCCGACGUCGCUGCCGACGACGAGGAGGAAGAGGAACAUCACGGCGGCCAGGGACACGGUGGAGGAGGCCGGUGCCAGAAGGAGUGCAAGCAGCGGUACGGCUACGGGGACGAGAGGCAGCAGCAGUGUCUGAGGGACUGCGAGGAGGGUCCCGGCGGCGGCGGCAAGCACGGUGGCAGGGGCGGCGCCGGUGGACGCGGUCGGGAGGGCGACGAGGCGGCCCAUGACGAGUGGGGGACGGAGGCGGUGUAAGUGCGGGCCGGCCCAGUCGAUCCAGCUAGCUAGGCCGCGGAAUAACGUACUGGCCUACGUGCCGCUUAGCUCGUGCAUGCAUGCAUGUACUAGUACGGAGUACUUGAUUUAACGUAUCCAUACGGUCUACGUGUUGUGUAUACGUACGCUACGGAGUGGUAUACGUGACAGGUGCACGUACGUACGACGUAUAUGCGUGCAUGUGUACGUGUAGAGAGGAAUAAAUCGCGCGCAAAGGUAUUACCCAGCCUAUUUGGUGUGUCGCUGUACUUUUGUUACUGUUCGCUCCAUCAAGAUUGGUAGUACAAAAGUUAUCAAAAUCCCUGUCAAAAAAAAAUGUUGGUACAAAAUUUUU